AUGCCGAUCAUCACCUUCGUCGCGCGCGUCUCGGACGGCAUGCUGCUGGUCGCGUCCAUGGAGUCGAUCGGCGACGCCAACGGGAACCUGGACACGCACAAGCAGCAGGCCAAGCAGAUCAUGAAGCGCCUGGACCAGCGCUCGCCCACCAAGUGCAGCAUCGAGUCGGGCGCCUACACCUUCCACUACUUGAUCCAGGAGGGCGUGUGCUACUUGACGCUGGCGGACCGCGGCUUCCCGAAGCGCCUGGCCUUCUUGUACCUGGAGGAGGUGCACGCCGGCUUCGUGGAGGAGCUGGAGCGCGACAGCGGCAGCAACUGGCGCGACGUGGUCACGACCGUCGCGAGACCGUACGCGUUCAUCAAGUUCGACAAGUUUAUCCAGAAGAAGCGCAAGGAGUACGCGGACCCCAACUCGUCGCAGAACAUGCACCGCCUGAACGACGACCUGGCCGACAUCCACAACAUCAUGCGCAAGAACAUCCAGGAGGUGCUCAACCGCGGCGAGCGCGUCGAACAUGUCUCGCGCAUCUCGUCGAACCUGGCGGACAGGUCGAAGGACCUCAAGUGGGGCGCCAAGAAGCUGCGGAUGCAGGCCAUCUACCGCCAGUAUGGACCCAUCGUCGCCGUCGCGCUCUUCGUGCUGCUCGUUAUUUACAUCAAGUUCUUUUAG